GCCUACGUCAGUAAUGACGAUAGGUUGCAGAGUCUUUACGUCACAUUAGUACUACACUUCCCAUGAUGCCCCGCGAUGACGCGAGACUCAACUGCAGCUUCGCAAUGAAGGAACUGAAAAGAACAGCGAAGCCUAGGGAGGACGGUGAUAUUUAAAUAUAGAGAGACCGACGAGAUGCUGCUCAGUGACACUGGUCAAAGACACUUUCCAGUGACAAGGUCAGAGGUCACCGCUCCAUGUGCCCGACAGAAGAUGAGAGAACAUGACUUUGGACAGCGCGAGUCAUUCUGCCACACGUUUCCUUGGUCAGAGGUCAAAAACCACCAGGAGGUCCAGCAGGAGUCCUCAUCCCGUUGACAGCGCCAGUCUUUUCUCCUACAUGACGUUUCAUUGGCUGACUCCUCUGGCUGUUCAUGCCCAUAGGAAAGGACAGCUCCUAAUGGAUGACAUCUGGCCCAUGUCACAGAGGGAGGGUUGCUGUAACAACAGCCUACAGUUUGCAUCUAUGUGGGAGGAGGAGCAGAGGUCAAAGGGCAGCAAGGCAUCUCUGUGUUUGGUGGUUUGGUCUUUCUGUCGGACUCGCCUCCUUCUGUCCAUCCUCUGUCUCCCCGUCACACAGCUGACUGGUUUCAGGGGACCGGCAUUUGUGGUAAAGCGUUUGCUGGAGUACACCCAGCAGAGGGAGCCGGACCUGGGCUUUGGUCUGCUGUUGGUUGUGGGUCUCCUCACCACCAAGCUGGUUCGGUCAUGGUCCCUGGCUCUGACCUGGGCCCUGAACUACAGGACUGGAUCCAGGUUGCGAGGAGCUGUUCUCAGCCUGGCCUUCGAUAAGAUCCUGCGUCUCCGCAACAUCAAUGACAAGUCAAUGGGAAAGCUGGUGAACAUGUGUUCCAGUGACGGUCAGAGGAUGUUUGAGUCUGCAGUAGGAAGUUUGUUGGCAGGGGGCCCCCUGGUGGCCAUCCUUGGUGUGGCCUACAACCUGUGUGUACUGGGACCAACAUCCCUUCUGGGAUCAGCAGUCUUCAUCCUCUUCUACCCCACCAUGAUGUUCAGCUCCAAACUGACAGCAUACUUCCGGAGGAGGGGCGUGGCCGUGAUCGACAGACGUGUCCAAAAGAUGAAUGAGAUCCUUACCUACAUCAAGUUCAUCAAGAUGUACGCCUGGGUCAAGGCCUUCUCCCAGGACAUUCACUGUAUCCGAGCAGAAGAGUGCCGGAUCCUCGAGCUCACAGGUUACUUUCAGAGCAUCACAGUGGGCAUGGCUGCCAUCGUUGUUGUCAUUGCCAGUGUGGUUACAUUCUCCACCCACAUGUCGUUAGGAUACGACUUGACAGCUGCUCAGGUAGUACUGGUCUUUUACUACCGAAGACUUAUGUCAUGUGAUAUAAAAGGGGAGGGGCAGAAGUGUGUGGCUGUUUCCUGGCCUGUAUUUCGAUUUUACAUGGCGGCCUGUGGUGGCUCUGCCUCCUGCCUUAUAAUCCUGGUCCUGUUUGUGUUCAACGUGGGAAGUUCUGCCUUCUGCCAAUGGUGGCUCAGCUACUGGAUCAACCAGGGAAGCAAGAACACCACAAUAACAUGGGGAAUCAACGCCACUCUGAGCGGCAGCAUGAAGGACAAUCCCAUGAUGCAACACUAUAUCACCAUCUAUGCCUCAUCCAUGGGAGUGAUGUUGCUGUUCAAACUCCUCAGAGGCGUGGCCUUUGUUAAGGUCAGGACACGUCCAGCUGAUCAAAUGUAACUGCGUGCCUCCUCCAAGCUGCACAAUCAGCUCUUUCGCCAGAUCCUGCGCUGCCCCAUGAAGUUCUUCAACUCUACACCAACGGGACAAAUCCUCAACCGCUUCUCCAAAGACAUGGACGAAGUCGACACCCGUCUGCCCUUCCAGGCUGAAAUGUUCAUCCAGAAUGUUAUCCUCGUCUUCUUCUGUCUUGGUGUCAUCAGCUGUGUGUUCCCAUGGUUUCUAGCAGCAGUGGGUCCACUGGUCUUUCUGUUUGCAGUUCUUCACAGCAGCUCUCGGGUUUUCAUUCGUGAGCUGAAGCAUCUGGACAACAUGACCAUGUCUCCCUUAAUUUCCCACAUCACAUCCAGCAUUCAGGGCCUGGCCACACUGCAGGCCUAUGACCGGCGCCAGGACUUUCUGCGCAGGUACCAAGUUCUGCUGGACGAGAACCAGGCUCCAUUUUACCUGUUCAGCUGUGCAAUGCGGUGGCUGGCAGUGCGCCUAGACAUCAUCAGUUUGGCUCUGAUCAGUGUCACUGCACUAAUGAUGGUCCUGAUGCAUGGACGGAUCCCUCCUGCAUAUGCUGGCCUCGCCAUUUCCUAUGCUGUGCAGUUAACAGGGUUGUUCCAGUUCACGGUGCGUUUGGCGUCCGAGACUGAAGCUCGAUUCACCUCGGUGGAGAGAAUCCAUCAUUACAUCCAGUCCCUGUCUCAGGAGGCCCCAGCAUGGGUCAAAGGUCACCCACCUCCAGCUGACUGGCCCCAGCAAGGGGAGCUAGUGUUCAGGGAGGUGGAGAUGAGGUACCAGGAGAACCUCCCUCUGGUUCUGAACAGAAUAUCCUGCACCAUUAGGCCCAGAGAGAAAGUUGGCAUUGUGGGCAGGACUGGAUCAGGGAAAUCAUCUCUAGGUGUGGUCUUGUUCCGGUUGGUAGAAAGCUGCAGUGGCUCCAUCCUGAUUGAUGGUGUCAACAUCAGUGAUGUUGGACUGGCCGACCUCCGCAGCAAGCUGUCGAUCAUUCCACAGGACCCAGUGCUGUUCAGUGGAACGGUCAGGUCGAAUCUGGACCCGUUUAACCAGUACAGUGAGGACCAGAUUUGGGACGCUCUACAGAGGAGUCACAUGAAGGAGUGUGUAUCCCAGUUGCCCCUGAAACUUGAGUCUGAGGUCAUGGAGAAUGGAGAAAACUUUUCUGUGGGAGAGCGACAGCUACUGUGUAUCGCUAGGGCUGUGCUGAGGCACUGUAAGGUGAGACACAGGUCACUGUAAGGUGAGACACAGGUCAAUUAAAAAAUGUAAGAUUACAAAACACAAUGUGGAUCAUAUCGGCCCAUCUCAUUGUUAGACAGCGACAUUAAAAUUUUAGCUAAGAUACUUGCUCGACGUCUGGAAUCGGUUACAGGUGAGGUGAUCUCCCCUGAUCAGACCGGUUUUAUGUCUGGUCGUCAUUCCUUCUCUAACAUCCGGAGCCUUCUUAAUAUCAUAUAUUCUCCUGCAUCCGGGGGGAUACCAGAAGUGGUUAUCUCCCUGGAUGCAGAGAAGGCUUUUGACAGAGUGGAGUGGGCGUAUUUAUUUGAAUGUCUGCGGGCCUUUGGUUUUGGACCAACUUUUAUAGCCUGGAUUGAACUCCUUUAUUUACAUUUGUGUAUUUCUUUGUUUGCAUAUGUGUUCUGCAAAAAACUCAAAAGCUUUGUCCUUUUAUAUAACUGUCUUUAUGUAACUUGUCCUUAAUAA